UAGAUUCGAACAAAAGAAAAAGUCAAAAUAAUAUUGUGUUUAAAGAGGUUGUGAUAUCAGAAAAAUAAUUGUAUAAUGUGAGUGACAUAGUGUAAUAAUCAAUGUCAUUGUAAUUGCAAUGAUUGAAGAUUAAGAAUGAUGGAGCAAUUCAUUUCGCAUCUCAAAAUUGUAAAAUAGAUCUAAUAAAUUAAAUGAUUAUGCUUUGAGAAAUUUAAUGGAAAUGUUCUGACUGAAAUAAAUAGUCAACUUCUAACGUGUAUUGUUCUGAGUUCAUGACUUAUUAAAUCAAGAAGUGGACUGUUCUUAUUGCUUUUAUCAAACAAAACUAUUCACACAACUUCAAGUGUGCUGCUGUGACACACCCUAGACACACCAUGUUUCAAGCUUCACUGCUCACUUAGAUGGAAAUAAUGAGGAGAUGAGAUCAGGUCCGGACCCUCCCCACUCACUGUUGCAGGACUCAGAAGAAUUAUUCAAAGACUUAAGUCAAAUGCAGGAAACGUGGCUAGCUGAAGCUCACUGUACAACUGAUCAGGAGCAGUUCAGAAGUAGGGAAGAGUUGCGUCAUCCGGCUGACAGUGCAAAGAUGACGUCAUCGGACAAAAUUGAGGCGAACGUGAACUCUGACCUUCAGCCUCUAUGCUCCUCCUUUGCUAAAAGCACCAGCUCUUCAAAUCAAGUCGGGGUAAAAGUAGGUCACGGGUCAAUGGGGAACGCCCUGCACCUAAACAACGCCAACGGUAUUAGUAACAAUAACAACACAAUAUUACACGGUAAAUACGGCUACCACGAUGGGGCGCCGUUCGCCCAGGCUUGUUUCGAUCACAGCGACUCACCUUCCCCGUCUUCUUCCGUUGCCUCCUCUGCUUCAUCGGAAAAGGACCUCAUGCCCGCUGGUGCGCUGACGCCUAUAUCGUCGGACAGAAUGGCGCCCAUGUCUUCCAGCGCUGCCACGUUCAAAGACACUAUGGGAUUCCACUUGCACCAGCCGCCCCUCCAGCCUAAUCACCACAACACUCACGACGCUCAGCAUCAGCCACAACAGAUGCCUUUACAACAGCAAGGUCAGCAACAGUCGCAGCACCAGCAGCAGAGAGAACAACAACAUGUCCAUCAGCACCAGCUUCACCACAGCCAACAUCAGACACAUCCGAACCAACAGCAGCACACAAGCGGGAACUUAGAAUGUUUGUUUCAUCAGGAUGUCAGAUUUUCCAGACCUCAUUCACAGCCCAGUCAUGGAUACCUGAGCCCCACUCCCCACUUUCCCCACCACGAGAUCCAAGUGCCCCCUCACGCCCACACACAGCCCACAAACCAACUCCAUCACAGCUACAACAUCAUGCCCCCGUUGUUGAAGCAUCAGGAACUGCAGGACCGGAACUUCAGCCUGACGGUCACGGCGGCAAGGCAUCACCAUGGCUACCCGCAUGGACCAAUGGCAGACGUGAGCGUCAAACAAGAACCACGUGACCACACCAACGAGGCUAAUUCCUAUUGCGAAACCAGGACAUGUUCCGUGUUUCCAAGACAAGAUCUUUCCGGACAACCAAGUCCACAAGAAGUGAUGCCGUAUUCCUAUGACGCCGCGAUGCGAUAUUUCUACCCUGACGACACCUCAUACUUGUCGCACUUCCGGGACAAACAUAAAGGACUUGAGAUGAAGCCAGACUUUUACAGAGACUUUUACCUGGAGAGAUAUCACAGAGAUGGUCAAGCUUCCUAUCAGAGGCGAGGGUCACUCCAACUCUGGCAGUUUCUGGUGGCCCUGCUGGACGACCCGUCAAAUGCUUCCUUUAUCGCCUGGACUGGUCGGGGCCUGGAGUUUAAACUUAUAGAGCCAGAGGAGGUAGCUAGACGAUGGGGCAUGCAGAAGAACCGUCCAGCCAUGAACUAUGACAAGCUGAGCCGGUCCCUCAGGUAUUACUACGAGAAGGGAAUCAUGCAGAAAGUUGCAGGCGAGAGAUACGUCUACAAGUUCGUCUGCGACCCGGAGGCUUUGUUUACCAUGGCCUUCCCGGACAACCACAGGCCCAUGCUCAAAGGAGACGCCCUUGGCAAGGAAGACGUCUUCAAGCCGCCAGCUCAGACGGCGGACAGCCUUGCGUCGUCUCCCCCAACAGGACAGCACCCUGCGCCGCCUCCCGCCAUGCGAGGCGGCGUGUUCAAUGUGUCAGGCCCCACACAGCCCCGCCCGCACGUGGCACACGGCGCCCCGUCCGUCACGGCGGAACAGCACCGUCUCCAGUACGUGCAAGAGUUUCAGAGGAUGUACGGGGCUGGUCCUUACAUGGAGGGCUGUGUAUACUGACACAGACACGAUGUACUGGAUUCAAUCACAUUCAAUCCAGUGAUGAAGAAUGCCAGUCAUUCUCACAUGGAAAUAUGUUCAGCCCAUUGGCUUCUUCGCUCAGGGCCUAGACACCAAGUCACAGACUUUCUGGACUUCAUGUUCCUCACUUUAAUGUAGGCCAGUGAAAUUACAAACCCAUGAAAGAAGUCUCAGAACAUAAUCUUGAAUCUUUGGCAGCUUGGCAAGUGGCAACACAGAGCUUCAAAGGAGUCCAUAACAGAAGUGACGCAUUUUAUUGGAACUAUUUGGAAACCUCUUUGGCAGGUACAGGUUUGUUGAUAACAGUUAAAUCAACAACCUGUGUUAAUAAUGAGGCUGAAGAACUCAUCCCACCAAAAGAGAUGUGCCCUAUGUUCCACAAAGAUUCCGACUGGAUGAGUCAGUAACUAGAUCUAGUAGGCCUAGUAGUGCAGUUACAUGUCACACCAAGCGUGUUUACCCUACACUACGUCAGAAACAAACAAAUUAAUCCGCCACAAGAAACUCUUGAAAAAAAUCGAAGUAAAUGGCAACAUAAAACAUUGGAUUGUAUUUCAAAUUGUUGAUGCUUUGAUUAUUGGCCUUUUAAAAAACCAAGAUCAAUAGCCCCCCCAAAAAGUGAAUUGGCUGGAGCAACAAUUAUCUUCUUAAUGAUUUCAAUACAAACAGCACAACUGAUGAGAGAAAUGUGUGCCAUAUCGUCGUCAUGGCAACGUAACAAGUGCCAUAGCUACUAAACACUCCAAUGCAUUUCUCAAAAGGAAUUAAGAGGAGUGUCAAACCAACCAGCACUGAGAGUAGGUGUCCCUUACUUUGCAAGUAAACAUGGGGCACUUAUAAAAUACAGACGUUACAUUAAAAAAACAACAACAAAAAAAAAAAAACAGUAGAUGAUUACGUCCUACGAGUAUCCCUAUAGAUUUCUUACAGAGUUUGGUACAUUAUUAGUAAAAGAAAAAAGGUUUCAAUGCUACAGAUCCUAAAGUCUAAUUAUCAAAGUAUAUCUAUAUUCUGCCAUAAGUUAUAUACAGGUAUGGAGUAUGUUGUUAUGUAAACCUUGGUGGCUACUCUCAGCCCGUGUGACUAAGUAUUUCUUCUUCUUUGUCGUUACUUUGUUUAAUUAAUGACAUAUUCAGAAAGACAUGAUUUAUGGCUAUGUUCUUCAUACAAACAUCUCACAUGGGAUGGAACAGAUUUUUUUUUAGUUCAGGCGCGGCGUCUACUUAUUUUGUAAGUCUCUGGACUCUUUAGUUUGUUCUCGAGUGUUGUGGGUUCAUGAUUAUUCACAUUUAGUUCUCAUGUGUAUUCAGUUUGUAAUAGAGUUAAGUGUACCGCCAAGUAAAGACUGAAGUAUGCAGGGCGGCCCUAACAAUUGCGGGGCCCUAUGCGAAAUGGAUUGCGCGGGGCCCAUUCUGGGUAGGGAUAAGGAUAAUAAUUGAAAAUUAAGAUUUUGUAUUAGAAAAUAAAUUCGUCUUUGUAUUAAUUUUUUUUUUAUUUUUAUUAAAUUAAAGCUGACAAUGCUGUUUUUUUUUUUUAUCUUGCGUAGGAUUGACGUUUACCAUAUUGAAUGGCAACCCCCAAGUGACAAUUCUUUUAUAAGGUUAUUUGUAUAACUUCAGGAGAUUUCCAUGACUUUUUAGUAACUUUUGCAGUUACAUGAGAUUUCCACGAGGCCCUG